UUUGUGCGACUUGACAGUUUAUCAGUUCCUGCGCAAUAGCGUACCAUUGCCGAAUUUGUACUGGAUCAGAUGAUCGGAGGGCAUGCAGGCUAUAAACCAGUUGAUAUCCAAUCAUGCAACUUAUUGAGGAUAUAAAUAGCAGUUGCACGUUGAUCGGGAAACGGCACAACCGCUGAUCAUGACAACAGAAGCACAUUCGGAUGACGGACACAAUGUAUCCCGCUGUUACCGAUUUCUUGCUGUCGCUGCCUCCACUGACUUAAAUGGUGGCGCUGUCAGAUCCGACCUUUCGUGAAUUACACUGCAUACAAAAGAAGACCCAAACUUAAUCCUCCAGUCUGAUGAUAUGAGAAGCCCAAGAAGGUCUGCAUGAUGAUGGAGAUGCUCCAGUACAUCAACUGGCUGUGCCUGGUGGGUCUUUUCCUGGCCUCCCUACUCAUCGUGUUGGCCUGGCUGGUCCAGUACUCCCUGGCCGUACUACGCCCCAGGAGCCCCAAGUCACUCACCCAGGGCUGGGGUGCCACAUCCAGCCUACUCCCACCUAUCACCCUCUCCCACCGGACUCAGGCUGGGGGUGUGUGGGGCACCCUGUUCAAGCUCUGGCUCGGACGAGAUCGAGGAGGAGCAGCGUCCCAGGCCGGGGUGAAGGGUCUGCUCACGUCACUGUUCUCCUUCAAGUGUUUCCGGGAACAUUGGCAGAGGGCUUGGGUCAAAGUGCUCAAUGAACAAGCCUGCAGACAUGGGAGCUCCAUCCAGAUCACCUUUGACAACAGUCUCCAGCUCCCUGCCUCUGCUAUUGUAGAUAGUGUGACCUGCACAGACCAAUCACCUACCACUAUGGUCUUACAGUGUAAGUGUGCGGUUGACACUGUAACGUUCCCAGUGACUGUCACCCAGCAGUCACCUGCAGCUGUUUCCAUGGAUACCUACCAGAUCACCAUAAAGCCAAUGCUGGCCCAGUUGGUGGUGCGUCUGGAGGAAGUAGAAGAAGAGGGUCUGCUGGUGUCCUGGACUUUCUCUCAGCAGCCGAUCUCCCUCACCGUGGCACCACGCAGGAUCCAGAGAGAGGAGAGUGAUGCAGAGAUAGACCCGGACAUGAUUCGGGAGCUGGUGAAGGAUACUCUGUUCAGCACACAGCCAGCCAUGAUCCUCAACCUCAGGGCCUGUGUGUCCAGCACUACGUUCCCCAGGGGAACAGGUCUAACCCCGACAGGUCUGACCCCCCCAUCCCAGAGUUUACCCCCCAUACGAAGGCUCCUGCUUCGCCAGCUCAGGGGAACCUGCCUCAGAGCAGCCAAGUCAUGCAGUUCAGGGGAGCUGUGCUGUACUGUGAGUCUGGACCAGCCAUCAACAGAAAGGAGGACCUGCUUCCUACCUGCAACCCCCAGCCCUGACACCUCACUGGACUGGAGUGAGGACAUCUCACUGGAUCUGGCUCCAGAAACCAAAGAGCUGAGAGUGAGAAUGCUGGAGAAGACCACCAAGGGGGAACAAUUCUUGUCUGGCUUUGCCUCGCUACCCUUGGACCUCGCCCGCAGAGCUCCUACUGGUCAGCAUGUGCUGUCAGUCAGCCCAGGGCACGGCCUGGCACCCAAUGCUACGGUCACCUUUGAGCUGUUGUACCUGGAGGUAGUGGACCCCCUUGGAGCUCACCACACCACACCCCUCCGCACCUCCAUCACCCCAACCAAGAAGGUGGAUGUGGACCGAACCAUCAUGCCAGACGGCACCAUCGUCACCACCGUUACCACCAUACAGUCACGACCCAGACUGGGAAAACUAGGUACAGUAGGUCUGGGUGACUCUCCCUCGCGGUCCCCGUCCAAAGUGGAGGUUACAGAGAAAGGGACCAUGUUCCUCACCGAUGGCUGCCAUAGCAGGACCAGCUCCAGCCCUACUCUAAGCACUGAUAGUCCCCUGUCCAAUGGGCUGGACCCAGUGGCUGACACGGCUAUAAGACAGCUGACAGAGAACGCCAGCAAGGUGUCCAAGAAGACUCCCACUAAACGGAGCACGCUCAUCAUCUCUGGCGUGUCAAAGGUCCCCAUCUCGGAGGAUGACUGUGGCCUGUCUUGUGGCUACGCUGCAGCCAUGGAUGCUGCCCUGCAGGGAGGAGGAGCCUCCAACUACUAUGGGGCGGGGCAACAUCAGGAAGCAGACGAGACCACGCCCUCGGAUGUGUCUGAGCGGCCGUCUGUCGAUGACGUGGAGUCAGAAACGGGCUCCACUGGGGCCCUGGAGACACGCAGCCUCAAAGACCAUAAAGUGGGCUUCCUCCGCAGCGGAACCAAGCUACUAUUCCGUACAAGACACCGAAAGAAGGACCCGACCUUCAGCCAAUCCCACGAGGACCUCUCCAACCUGGCCAGUGUCUCUGCCUCUUCUGCCUCUGGCACCAUUGUGCGUAAGAAGUCCGGCAGCUUCUCCCGACGACUCAUCAAGCGCUUCUCCUUCAAGUCGAAGUCGAAGGACAAAGCCAGUGCCACCAAUGGAGGGCCGAGCACAGCAGACAACUGAUAAUGGUGUAGCGGAUGGCUAAUAGCAUUGCUACCGCCUUCCUGAGACCUAGAAGUAGGCUACUGUUGCCGUGGACCCAGAAAUCGCCCUGGCUUUUCUGGGUCAAUGGUAUUGGGUUGGGUAGGAUCGUAGGACUGCUUGAAAUGGUUGGAAGAUACUUAGCAUUGGUCAUCCUGUCCCACCAUUUCUUCCUCUGUGUUCACCAUCAGAGGAGGAACCCAAAUUUGCCACUUUUAUCCAGUUUUUGCAGGCAGUACACGUACAACCCAGGUUGGUGGUUACCUAUCCUGCAUCUCUUACCUCUGAUAGGACUCAUUUUCCUCUGGAUGAGAAACACACACGUCAGGGACAGAUAGAUGGAUCCAGGGACUGUUUGCUUAUUAUCAAAGCCAUUUAUUUUCAGAAGUAGCCUCUGCUGCUCUGGUGGAUGUAAAGGGGGAUAACGAAAGUAGGAAUAAACUUGAAGAUGUUGCAAUUCAACGCUAAAGGGGCAGUAGGUAGAGUGAGUGUGGCCUCUUCCAAAUCAAUUUAUUUAAAAAUAUGAUUUUCUUGGUUGCACUUUAUCGGAUUGUUUACAGAACUUGAAAGCUUCUUCUGAUGUUAAUUUUAUUGGUAUUUGUAUUGUUUGCUCUCUGAUUCACAUGAUUAUCCUUCUGUCACCCCCCAAAAUAUUGGGUCACAGUUGGUGGUUUGCAUUAUGUAGGCCUAGUAGAGACAUGACUAUCUUUCUUUCCUGCUUAGUUGUAAAUGUAAUCUUAAAUAACAAACUUAGUUGAAGAACAAAUAUCAACCCCUCGCAUAGGUCUUCAGUUGGUGGUAAUGUUGACAUUCAUAGUGGCUUAUACAUUAUGUUUUAACAAUGUUGUUCAUAAUUGUAAGUUGUACAAAAACCAAAUGCAGGCAUACUUAUGUCUGUGUUUUGUAUUUUGUUAUUUUAGAAAGAGAAACCUUCAAGGCAUACUGUUAUAAAAAAGGCAAACUGAUUUAAAUGAUCAGCUCAGACCCUUUUUAAUUUGGCAAGUUGAAAUACCUCCAUCGCCUGAGUACUAACGUUACACAUUCUCUGGGUCAGAAUUAUUGAUAGUUGAAUGGUAAAUGAUAUACAGAUUGAGUCCUCUUAAUAUUAAUAUCAGGGAAUUAUCAUGGUUGAGGUAAUUAAAAAAAGAUGGUCAGAUGGUUAUGACUUUUAAGAUGUCACAGUCCUCCAGGACAUGCGUUGUCAUGCACAGAACAUAGGGUAGUGUAAAGAUGUACAUAAAAGUAGUUAUCUUGUACAGUAUUGGCAUAUGCGUUUUGUAAGACAAUUAUUUUGCCAUCCUCUCAGAAUUUGUAUUGUGUAUCCCUAAAGUUUAUUUGAUGUUAUAGUAAGGGAAUGUGGUUCAGUAGUAAUAGACAAGGAAAUAUUGUUACUUCUGCCCCACCUCUACUCUUUAAGACAGACUCCCAUAAUCAUCAACACAUAGUAUUGUUUGCCAAGCAAAGUCACACACAUAAUUAAGUUUUCUUUAUGAAAUUGUCACUGAGGUUACAUUAACUUUUUUGUUGGUUGAAACCCAACAUUACUACUUGAAUUUGCAGCUUGUCUGAAGACAAUGUAUAACAGCAUAUUGUGCCUUCAGAAAGUAUUCACGCCUCUACAAAUUGGGAUUAAAAUUGAUUUAAGUGGG